AUGGCAGAUGAGAAGUCUCCAAGCAUAGCAUUUGCAGACUUACAGGGAAAGAGGCCAAUGACUCGAGAUCGAGGAUUAGGGGCUGAGCAGGAGCAUGACAAAACCGCGUCAAACGCCCUUUCCAAUUCAACAACCGCAAAUGGAAUUGCAAAUACAGCGUUCAUUCAAAAACUCUAUAACAUGCUCGAAGAUCCAGCCAUGCGAGAGCUGAUUUGGUGGGCUCCAUCAGAAACGUCUUUUUUGAUUCAUCCAAUCGAAAGGUUCAGUCGGGCGUUGGCGACGUAUUUUAAGCAUGCUAAUAUCGCGAGUUUUGUCCGUCAAUUAAACAUGUACGGUUUUCAUAAAGUAAAUGAUCACCAUCGAGGUAACCAGCAAGCCAUACGCACCAAACAUGAAAAUUCUUCCGCCACAACGACCUCGGCAGGUCCAAUCAAAGUUCCAGGGACGGAAGCAGAUUCUUAUGGUGACACGCACAACCCAGGUGCCAAUAUUUGGGAAUUCAAGCAUAGUUCUGGCGCUUUCAGAAGAGGUGACUUUGAGAGCCUCAAAUCCAUCAAACGAAGAUCUUCGCGACAGCAUACUUCUGCUCGAAAAAACUCGAACAGCACACAUUCUGCAUCCUUGGACUUUACCGCCGCUGUAACCGAACAGUGGUCAGAACAGCUGCCAGCAGUCCAUAGGUCGGCGUCACACGCUGAACUAACGCAUGCGUAUCCCUUUUCCAGUGCAGCACUACCCUCUUCAACUCCCAGUACAGCAGGUAUAGUUAAUCCGGCAAUGGACUAUUUUGGGACUAUUCAAUCUCAACAUCAACAGCAAAACUAUAGAUUGGCACCACCCACUAGCCAAGCGCCACAGCAAUCAUAUGCAUCUCAAAUACAGGCACCCGCUUCAUCACAGGCACAUUUUCAUCCACAAGAAAGACCAUUGUUCAAUAAUAAAGCUAGCGACUUAACACAGUGCACGAUUUCACAGCCUAUAAGGCCAGAAAUUGUCACCCAAACCCAAUUUGAAUUUGCUGUUGAUGACCUGCGUAACACAAACAUGGACAUGGUUCGACUGCUAGACUUGGUCAACAACUUUGUUUCCUCCCAUCAAAUCAUUGGAAAGCCGGAAAAUGUGAAAAGAGCAGCCACACCUGUCUCCAAUCGAGCUGCUGUGAGUGAGACUGGUGUAUCACCCGGAAGCUCAUCUACUCAGCAACGAAAUUCUGAGAAUCUAAUGACCGAAAUAACAAAACUUCGCAACUCCGCAAUGAACAGACUUCAGAGGUCGACGGCAUCACAGCAGAAUUCGGGAUCGGUUCGCAGUUCGAUAGACCACCCUCCUGCAAAUUCGUUCAAUACACACUUCCCUCCUGUGAGCUCCUAUAAUCCAAACUAUGCGAACCGCCCGAACAAUAGAAAUUCAUUUUCCUCGCCUGCCUUAUCGCAACUUGGAAACAAUCAGAUUCCCCCGUCGAGUGUCUCACAGUUCCCACAAAUUGCAUAUCAACAAACGCAACAUGCACCAACUCUCUAUCCCAAUUCAGGAGGAGCACCUACUGGCUGCUUCGGUUCAACAAGUACAAAAGUUACCGGUACUGGGGGGCCUCACUUAACGCUUAAUCCCUUUGAAAGAAAAGAUUCGGCCUCGCUGAACAAAAGCAGACAUAUGAGUGUUUUAAUGGAUCCUCUAGCUCCUGCACCUAUAAACCCUGCUGUCUCUACCGGUGCAACAUCAACUCUAUCUCAGCAACACAAUUACUACCUAGGUCAUCAAGUGGCAAGUUCGCUGCCUUUAGCAUCUUCAAGUGCUUCAAAAAACGACGUUAAGAAUUUGCCGACGUCAAUCCCAAAUGGUCGGGAUUCUAAAGUUCUUGAGAAGAGGCCCGUAUCGCCUUCCAUGGCAGAAAUACCCGUUCAUCCGCUGCCGGUAAGAGGGGGGGUAAAGCAAUCUGUUGGAGGCGCGAGUAAUGCCAUGACAUACAAACCGUACUUUCCUUACGGUACAGUACCAGGCACGGGUCGUACAUCACCAUUAGGAACACAAGCGGCUCAGUACUCACAAAUGCCAAUGCAUUCACACAGAUCGCAACAGCAGACGGUGGCGCGACCUCACUUUGUUCAACGAGGACCGUCCCCUUUAAAUCCGCAUGUGAAUGAGGUUGCUGAUCAAGAGUCACCAGAAAAGGGUUCACACCAGUCGCACUCCACAAUGGAUCAAGAUCUAACCACCCACCGCAGAGAUGACACUAUUGGUAGUUCCUCGAGAUUGGCUACAUUGCUAAAUUAUGAUGCAAAAGAACAAUCUUCCAAAAAAAUGAAGCUUUAA